CCCGCAGCGGCCGGGCGCGGACAGGAAGCGGCGGCGGCCCGGGCCCGGAGCGAGGGGCCGAUCGCGGCCCGCCCGGCGCCAUGUGGUUCAUCUACGCGCUGAGCUGGGUCUCGCUGCUCAUCCAGGUGGCGCUGGUCACCCUGGCCAUCGCCGCUGGCCUCUACUAUCUGGCGGAGCUAAUAGAAGAAUACACCGUCGCUACUAGCAGAAUAAUCAAAUACAUGAUCUGGUUCUCUACAGCGGUGCUUGUAGGCCUGUACCUCUUUGAACGCUUUCCUGGCUUCAUGGUGGGCGUGGGCCUCUUCACCAACCUGGUCUAUUUCGGCCUGCUGCAGACGUUCCCUUUCAUCAUGCUGACAUCGCCAAACUUUAUACUGUCGUGCGUGCUGGUUAUAUUGAACCACUACUUAGCGUUCCAGUACUUUGCUGACGAGUAUUACCCGUUCUCAGAGGUUCUUGCCUACUUCACGUUCUGCUUGUGGUUAAUUCCCUUUGCAUUUUUUGUGUCCUUGUCGGCCGGAGAGAACGUCCUACCUUCUACGGUGCAGCCUGGAGAUGACGUGGUAUCGAACUACUUCACCAAGGGGAAGAGGGGUAAGCGCUCCGGCAUCCUCAUCAUCUUCUCCUUCAUCAAGGAGGCCAUCCUGCCCAGUCGACAAAAGAUGUAUUGACCCCCUCCACGGCCAACAUGAACUGUGAUGAAGCUGAAGGGAAGACCCCAGCUGGGUGUGAACGUCAGCGCUGUCCCUGGGUCUCCAGUGAAACUCCCUCCUCCCCCCCCCCCCCC